AUGGAGAUCCCUGACAACCAGAGAGUCCGGAAUAACCCCUCGUCCUUGCGAACGAUCCAAGCACUGUGCUGUCUUUCGACUCAUGGCAACCCACGUGCUAUAACUUGGAACAGGCGGCAGACGGCCACACUCCUACCCACAAAGUUACCUUCGCAUCCCCCCCCCCCCCCCAUCGUCAAAUUGACCGACGAUUUCGCCAUUUUCAAAGAGGAAGGCGAGGUUUUCCAGUGGGGCGACAAGCUCCCGCAACAGCCCCCCACUCCCUCCGACGAUGACGGAGAGUUCGAUAAGGAGUGGUUCCGAUGGGUGGCUUUCAACGAGCCUGUCAAAAGAUGGCCGACCAGGCUUCCGGAAUCACUGGACUAUGAGCCACGGAAAAGACCACCCCCUCCAAUCAAGGAGUUGUCUACAGGAGGCCGUCGCAGUGUGGCGGUAUCCAAGUCUGGCCAGCUGUUUAUAUGGGGCUACAAGAGCUCCAAAUGGCCCGAGAUUGAAGAUUGUAAUGAUCGCAAUAGCGCUACGCUCGAGGAGGCCAGAAUUACCGGUGGUAACCCGGACGAGACAACGGCUCUGAAGAUCAAGCAUGCAGCCGCCGGUGGUAAUCAUGUUGUGGCUCUUGCAGUCGAUGCCUCUUUGUGGUCUGUUGGUAAUGGCCUUUAA